AGGGGGUGCCAUUUUUGAGGGGCAAAUGGCAACUCCCAAAUAUAAGUAUAGGAGAUUCUUCAACUCACUUUCUCUUUCAAUCUCUCUAAAAGCUUCAAGCCUACGCCAUGGGGAAGAUCAAGAUUGGAAUCAACGGAUUUGGAACGAUCGGACGAUCGGUCGCUACGGCUGCUCUGCACAGUGAGGAUAUCGAGCUCAUUGCAGUCAACGACCCGUACAUCAGUUGUGAAGCCAUGGCAUAUAUGCUCAAGUAUUAUUCUAUGCGCUGUCAAUGGGAACGCCUUGACGUGAAGGUCCACGAUGAGAAGACCCUUCUGUUCGGCGAGAAGGCAAUUAAGGUCUUUGGAUGCAGGAACCCAGAAGAAAUUCCAUGGGGUGAAAUUGGUGCUGAAUAUGUUGUCGAGACUACUGGAGUCUCAACUGACAAGGAUAAGGCUGCCGCUCACUUGAAGGCUAGUGCGAAGAAGGUUGUGAUCUUUGCUCCUAGCAAAGAUGAUCCCAUGUCUCUUGUGGGAGUUCCAGAGCUUAACAUUGUCUCAAAUGCAAGCUGCACUACCAACUGUCUUUCUCGAGUAGAGAUGUUAGAAGAGUUUGGAGAAGACCUACCUGGUUCAUUGCUUAAGCUGCUCGAGUGUAUAAGAAAACCUUUAGUGUCACGACAGAUUUUGGAAGAACAUAUGUUUCAGAAGAGUUCUGCAAAUACUUGGUCCAAUUUGCCCAUGUCGGCCCACUCCCACUACUCUACUAACACCCAUAUAUCUCCAUCUGAGACACAACCUUCCAUCCAGAAAACACAGGCUUCUGGUUCCAUACUCAGCUCCGGCUCAACAACAUCACCGGCUCCGGCACAACAUUCUUUGGACAUGAUAGUGGAAGGACUUUGUUCCCGCUAUCAGCAAUCCUACAGCACAUUACAUGAAGUUGCGCAGCUGUCCUUGCUUGAACUUCCAUUGACUGCCAUGGGAGGAACGGCCGCCGGUCCCAAGACAAUGAAAUUACGGGGCCAAAUUGCAGGUCAAGAAAUUGUAAUAAUGGUGGACAGUGGCGCAAGCCAUAAUUUCAUCUCUAGCCGCUUGACCAGCAUUCUACAGCAUCCACUGGAAUCAACCACAGCCUUCGGAGUCCAAUUGGGGGAUGGUCGUGUCGUUGAAUCAAACGGUAAAUAUUCUCAUCUGCCUGUUCAUUUGGGCUCCAUUGUAAUGCCGAUCGAUUGCUUUGUGUUUCCCUUGGGUGGAGUUGACUUGAUUCUGGGCAUAGAUUGGCUACGGAAACUAGGGGAUGUUAUGGUUAAUUGGGCAAAUUUAACAAUUACAUUUAGAAUUGGUGAUACAUUGGUACAAUUAGUUGGCGACCAUUCUCUGGAUGGACUUCCUAUCUCCCACAGUUCAUUGGAUAAAACUGAAGACAUUGAAUACUGCUGCAUGUUGUGGGAGCUUUCUCUGUCACCAAAUAUUCAGGAUGAUAGUGAAAACAAAAAUCAGUGCGCGUUGCACGCACCAAUGCCACUGAACAGGCACACACACUGCUCACACCUUAUCGGAGCGCUGGGUGGUCAGCAACUAGCCAUCAUUGUAUAAUUUUAAUUUUUAUUACUCUCUACUUGCCAAAGACCUUGUGGUCUAGUGGCACCCGAUUUCCUGGUUUACACUGUGGGUUUGAGUCUCAGUGGAGUCAAUUGUAAAAAAAAAACAAUCACUGUAUAAUUUUUAUUAGAUUGCCCAUUCUCCAAAAAAUUUCCAAACAGAAA